AUGACCCUUGAACCACCAAAAUAUGAAUACUUAAAUGAAGAAGAUACGAAAAAAAUGUUAAAAAUAUUUAAGGGUGAAAGAACAGGUUGGGUGCUCGUAGGUCCUAAAAAAUGGUUUUUUCCACAUAAAUAUACAAAAGAAGGUAAAGGAUUUUAUAACUUUAAAGCAAGACCAGAUGACACUUGGGUUUUAUCUUAUCCAAGAUCAGGUACAACGUGGACUCAAGAAUUAAUCUGGUUAUUGUCAAAUAACUUAGAUUUCAAAAGAGCAAGGACAGUACUCUUAUCGGAGCGAUUUCCAUUCCUCGAAUUUAGUAUGUUUAAUCACCCAGAACUAACACAUGAAAUGUUAAAAAUAAAUGAGGGAAAUAAAGACAAAGAAGAAUUGUGUAAAAAAAUUGCAGAAUCAGGGUAUGAAGUUAUAGCAAAAAUGCCUUCUAAAAGAUUUAUAAAAUCACAUUUUCCAUUUAGUUUGUUACCUGAUAUUCUGAAAAGUGGUUGCAAGAUAGUAUAUGUUGCAAGAAAUCCAAAAGAUGUUGCUGUUUCUUGGUAUUAUUUAAAUAAAGCAAUCAAAACUCAAGGAUAUACAGGUGAUUUUGCAACAUUUUGGGAUUAUUUUCAAAAUAAUCUUACACCUUGGAGUCCUUAUUGGGAACAUCUGAAAGAAGCAUGGUUACAUAGAAAUCAUCCAAAUGUUUUAUUUAUGUUUUAUGAAGAAAUGCAAUAUGAUUUUCCGAAAGCAAUUCAAAAAGUUUCAAAAUUUCUUGGAAAAACUUAUACUCAAAAACAGAUAGAAGAAAUAACAGACUAUUUAAAUAUUAAAAAUUUCCGAAAUAAUCCAAUGGUGAAUUCUUCAGAAUUAAAGGAAUGUGGUAUUAUAACACCAGGAACAUAUGUUAGAAAAGGUCAAUGUGGAGGAUGGAAGGAAAUAUUCACUAAAGAACUUAAUAUUAAAGCUGAUAAAUGGAUAAAAGACAAUUUAAGAGGAACUGAUUUUGAUUUUCCACAUUUUACCAUUAAUAAUAACCACAAUUGA